GAGUGAAGGAAUAUUGAGUGCAUCUGUGUCUGAACAAAUGCUUGUGCAUUAUAACAUGUUCUGCGUAGUUGGCUAAUAUUCUUAAAUGAGAACCGCCAUGGUCGCCAAUAAAUCGGCUACAUAUAACUAUGUCCAAAAGGAUGACCUAACAAUCUAUCAUUAUACCUUCACGUCCUCAGACGAUCAUCACGAUCCAAUAGUGCGACCCUGUUCUCUUCACGACGUGGACUGCAUUAGGCGUUUCUUCGCCCAUAACUCCAAAUGCUCACCCGUCCACAAGCCAGGAUCUGACACUUACAGGAUCAAGACCUUACCCUUAUUCAUAGCUCACGUCAAUGUUUCUUUCACAUUGAGUUAUAUGGAGCUGAAAGGCUUGAAUAAUUAUACAAUUAACGAGUUUAACAUAAACAAAGAAACAGACGCACUAGUUCUGGAAGUGGUAUUUUCCAAACUUCAGGCGUACGUUCCCAUCAUCCUCUCAACUUAUCACCUAAAAGGCAAGGAGCCGACACAAAUAGCAGACUUUGGGUUUAUUGAAUACAAAGACCUAUCGCUGACUUUGACAGCCGAGAACAUUAAGGACAUGAACCUAGCAAAAAGUCACGUUUACGCCUACAUUUCUGAGCCCGCUCAGAGAUCCUCUUUUUCAAUAAAAAUCGUUUUUGUUCUAGAUCCUCAACAGCAAAUAGCCAACGCGCAACUAUUGGCAAGAAUAGGCUUAACUCUGCAAGAAGCUUUCCUAACGCAAGCUCCAGUGUUCAUGAACGUGUUUCUGCAAAACUCUAUCUGCGACUCCAACAUACAUUAAAUAAAGUUGUAAUAUUCUGAGAGAUUUUGUUUCUUUUGCAUAAAACUGGUUAAUAAAAAUUUUAUGUUUAGAGGAGAUAUAAUAAUUAUGGUUUCGUUCGAUAACCGUUGGGGUAAACGAGUUCUAGAGUGGAGACCACGCAUCGGCUAACGUAGUGUAGGACGUCCGCAGGCACGGUGGAGUGAUGACUUGCGCAAGACGGCUGGCAGGAGGUGGAUGCGAGAAGCCGAAAAGCGAUCUCAGUGGCGUGCACUUGGAGAGGCCUAUGUCCAGCAAUGGACUGCGAUAGGCUGAUGAUAAUGAUGA